AUGACUUCAUGCAAAACACGCGAAUUUGAGGAUGGGGUCGAAAGGGAAUCCGGAGCUUGGGGGAUUUCGGUAUUUUUCAAGAACACGAGGGCGUGUUUAAGAUUUGUGGAGAGAAGAGAUGCAUGUUCAUUGGGGAAGAGGCUGUGCGUAGGAAGGCGUGAUCAGAGGAUUGAAGACCCAGAUCUGAGAUUCGUUUUUGCGGGAUCGAUCGGAGAAGAGGAUGGUGUAGAGCUCGGGAAUUGGAGAGUGUGGAGGACACGUGGCGGCGAAGAGGCAGUGUCUGGAAGGUGUGUUGUGGGGAGCGAGCAUUCGACUAUAUAUGGGAUUACUGUAUGGAAGAUGUUCGUAGAGACCUUGGAAUUAGAGUUUCGGAGAUGGUUUCCUGGGGGUGAUAUAGAUUUGAGUCCCUCGGACGAGGAGGAGGAAUUGACGUCAUUGCACCCUUUUAUUCUCGGCAAUUUCUCAGGAGGGCAGAUGGGAGUUUGCAGUAUUUUCGCUCCUUGUGUCCCCGUUGGAUCAUCUGGAAUUGUUAGUAUCUCGCAUCACUUUCCGAUGAGAAACUCACGAGAUCAAGUAGAUUAUGUCCUGAUAUCACUUGAGUGA